AUGGACGGAGCUCCUAGAGGUCGUGGCGCGAGAGGGCGCGGUGCUAGAGGCCGUGGUGGCAGAGUGGGCCGUGGUGGUAGAGCUGGAGGCCGAGCAGGCCGAGGUCGUGGUCGUGGACUUCCGGAGGAGUCGGGAGAGAGUGUGGCACCGAGUGUGCAUACUGCGUCGGUGACCCAGUCAGUUCCGUUGGCGGGUGAUGCCAGUGCGAGUGUUGGUUUGGGAGCGGGGGCUGCUCCGGGUGGGGGUGGCGCUCCGGCUCCGGGUCGUGAUGACUUAGUGGUGGGGUUGCUGACGCAGCUAUUGGCUCGUUUUCCGCCGGUGGUUCCACAGGGGGCUCCAGGAGUACCGCCAGUGGCAGAGGUGCAGCAUGUUGCUGCAGACGUUGCGCAGCCGGAGGCUGUGGAUGCGGGUGUGACCCGUUAUUUGGAGUUUAUGGGCCACAUGCAGAGGAUUGGUACGCCUUUCUUCGAGGGCAGAGUUGGUCCAGAGGAGGCAGACGCGUGGCGUCAGAGAGUGGAGCGGAACUUUCAUUCGAUCCGUUGUCCGAUAGAGUACUGGGUGGAGUUAGCGGUCCACUAUUUGAGUGGCGAUGCUCAUUUGUGGUGGCAGGCCGCGGUGGGUGAUGUGGAGUCAGGUUUUACCAAACUCUAG